CGUCGCCGAGUCCGAGAAGAAGAAGAGUCAACAUGGCGGCGAACGGCGUGAGAAGAGCCCUUCACUCAUCGUCAUCCACGGGGAGAAUACUCUUCAGUCGUUCAUCUUCUGCUCCGAAACUCGGAAAAUCCGCGGGAUUCGCUUUCGGGAAUGGAUCAUCUUCAUCUCGCUCCUCACUUCGCAGGCUCACAUCCUCCAGGAUCCCAGUGGAGCUGGGUGCAGGGAUGUCGCUUAUACCUUUACACAGUGUUACUGCUUCAGCCUUGCUCACUUCGUUGUUGUCUCUCAGCAAUCAAAGCUGGGGUUGCCUUUCAGAAGGAUUUGCGACAACCCUAUAACAUUGCCUGCAAGUUUUGGUGGGGCUAUUGCUUGUCAGAUUCCAAGAAACUAGUUUCAUUUUGUUGGUGGUUUUUUUUCCAAAGGUUUAAGAUAUCAAAGUAGCAAAAGAAACACACAGCCGUAGCUUUCUUCUAAGGAAGGCUCCUUUGUUCGGUUUAUUUAUACAAUUUCCAUCUUCGGUUUGAUGAUUUCGUUACCUUAACACUUGCCCUUGGAAAUAAACUACCCGUUUUGCUGAUUCGGAUAGUAGCAGUUGUUAA